ACAGCAGUUACGUUCACAAUCACACUUAUGGGGAAUUUAGUCUCCAAUUAAUGCAUGUUUUUUUGUUAUUGUUUUUUUUUUUUUGGAAUGUGGGAGGAAACCGGAGUGGCUGGAGAAAACCCACGCAGGCACGGGGAGAACGUGCAAACUCCACACAGGCGCGGCUGGGAUUCGAAUCCAGCCCUUCAGAACUGUGAGGGCAACGCUCUCCACCGUAACGGCCAAAUUAUUCAUUUGUCUUUUUUUUUUUUUAAAUGAACAAGUAUUUCUCCUAUUGUUGAUUUGGAUUAUAAAACCGAACAAGACCUCAUUCUGUCUGAAUAUUCAUUGAGCAUUUUCGAGAAGGCACCGGUCGCUUUUAUUUUGGUAUCGUUUCAAAUUAUGUCUUUGGGUAACCUGCAAAUAAAACACGCUCAGCGCGGCCACAAGUUAAUGAAUCGAACAGACAUUAUGUGAAAAUGUUUGGUGAAUACAUAAUGAAAUAAGCAAAUUAUUACAAUGCUGUGAAACCGAUAUGCGACGUGGAUACAACAGCAGUCCCUUUCCCUCUUUCUGCCAACAGGGGGCGACCUACCGGGGACUUGCCAUGUCUGAAUAAUAUGAUGCCGGUUUUUUUUUUCGUUUGUUUUUGUUUUGUGUUUUUUUUCCCCCUGCUCGGUCUAUUAGUUUUGAAUAUUUUGAACGAAGCCAUAAGGCGUCAUUUGUCGGAUGGGGGAGGAGAGCCAGAUGUGACGGUGACCCACAUCGAAAUAACAACACUUAUGUAUGAGCCACCCGGAUGAAGCUGUGCUCAGUGGACGAGGUGCCGCCGAAGCCGUCCGCAGUGGACGCGGUGUCGCCAAAGCCGUGCUUGGCGGAUGCGACGUCGACGGGCACAUCGACAUAUUUAGCACCCCUGACAUACGUGAUCCUCACAGUUUAUCUCAACGACACCCAGCAGAUGCUGACUGAGGUCCCGGUUACACCUGCAACCAGAGUUUUAGAUGUGGUGGAAUACUGCAAAGAGGCAGGCGAGGGGGAGUGCCACUUAGCUGAAAAAUGGAAUGGACAUGAGCGAGUUCUCCCUCAGCAGUUGUUACUCAUGGACCUCCUUCAGCAGUGGGGUGCAAGGAGGCCAGAGGUCAGUUUCUACCUGCGACACUGUCCCUCCUUGCCACAAGAGAGUCAGCAGCCUUUGGACACAACUUGGGUUUCAGAAGCAACAGACAACACGAACAACAGUGUUCCCCGUGGGGAGCUAACACUCUGUGAGCUCCAGGAAAUGGCUACAAGACAGCAGCAACAAAUAGACGCUCAACAACAGAUGUUUGUUGCCAAGGAGCAAAGGCUGCAGUAUCUUCAACAGGGAGGCAAACCCAACCAGGGACAGACACAGUCUGAAUCGGAGAAGUUGCAGCGGCUAAAGGAGCGAGUGGAGACUCAGGAGGCAAAGCUGAAGAAGAUUCGAGCCAUGAGAGGACAGGUGGACUACAGUAAACUGAUCAAUGGGAACCUCUCUGCAGAGAUUGACCAUGUUAGCAGCCUGUUUCAGGAGAAGCAAGCUGAGCUGCAGUCUGCUGUGACCCGAGUCGACCAGCUGACCCAACAGCUGGAUGAUCUAAGGAAAGGACGCCUUCGGCUGCACUCUGUUGCAUCCCAACGGGGGUCACCCAACAUACCCCAAGGUGCAGCCACUGGAAUGAAACCACUCUCUGGCCCUGCUGCCUUAGAGCUUAGGAAACUCUACCAAGAGCUGCAGGCUCGCAACCGUCACAACCUGGAACAGAGUAGCAAGUUAGCACACAACAAGGAGCUGUUAAACAAGAGAAAUGCUCAGGUGACAGUGAUGGAUCAACGUAUUGGAGAACUUCGGGAGCGACUGCACAAGAAGAUAGCAGAAUUGAGCCGCAUGAAUGGAGGAGGCCCAGCUUCUCCUCAGAGCGCUAUUCAUCCAAAUGGCAGCGUUUCAGGCCGAGUGGCUGCCGUCUGCCCCUACAUCCAAGCUCCACUUGAAGGUGGACAGGAGGAAGGGUACAACAAGUCACUUGACGCAUCUCCCAAACCCUCACAAAUCAGUCACAUCCGCUCCUUGUCAGCCGGUGAAGCAUCCUGGUCUACCAUUGGUAAAAAUGAAUCAAAUUUGAAGACCAACAAUCCAGAACAGCAUCUUCAUUUUGGUUAUGGAACCUACCCCAGCAUCACACACCAAGCAGCAGGGAAUCACUGCUCCACCAGCUCCCUACCUCGGUCUGCUCCUGGCACAUUGUGCUGGCUCAGAUCCAGCACUGCAAAUGCCACCUCAUCUUGUUCAACAUCCUCUUCUUCCUCACAGCAAAUUCAACAGCACAUUGCUGUCCCUCCAAAUUCCAUCCAAGGCUCAACCAAUGGCUCCCAAUCUCCAUCCUUCCCACCGCAGAGUGAACGAGCAGAUCCCCCUCCAGCAGUGGCUGUAUGUCCUUAUGUUCCUGAUAAUCCAUCCAGGCCUCAGUCUCCUAGAAAGGGCCCCGCUACAAUGAACAGCAGUUCUAUCUACAGCAUGUAUCUCCAGCAGCCUCAGGGUAAAAACUAUGGCUCACUCAGCAACAGGACUACUGUGAAAGCCAUCUACGGGAAACCCAUCCUGCCCCUCACAGCUCCAUCCCCUCUUCCUUUUCUCCAUGGAGGAGGAGUAAGAAUAGGAGAAGACCUUACGGACAAGGAAGGACUAAAAGGUGUUGGGGCUGGAGAGACUAAUGAUGGGCAAAUUUUGCCUCCUUCAACCGUGGACAACAUCCCUCGUCCUCUCAGUCCUACUAAGCUCACUCCAGUUGCUCACUCUCAACUCCGCUACCAAAACGAUGCUGACCUGGAAGUCCUCCGCCGUCGUCUCAACAAUGCUCCACGACCCCUGAAGAAGAGGAGCUCAAUUACUGAACCUGAGGGCCCACAGGGGCCAAACAUUCAAAAAUUACUGUACCAGAGGUUUAACACUUUGGCUGGAGGCAUGGAAGGAGUGUCAGGCAAUACUUUCUACCAGCCUGACUGCCUUUUGGAUGACAUGGACAACACACAUUCACCCGUGGGGAGUGUCGAACCUGGUAACAAGCCUGCCAGUUUGACAACAGAGGAUGUGGAAGUUCAAAACUUAAACUUGGACUGCUGCCGCUUGUCACCUGCCACUUCCACUGAGAUGCCAGAAAUAAAAGAAAUGACCAAGAAAGGGUCUCCAUCAUCACAAACCAACCUUCCCUCAACACCUAAUGGAUCAGAACAUCAGAAUAAUAACAAUCAAAGCAGUUCUAGUCCUGCAGACAGCAUGACAAAUCAGUCCUCCCCUUCACCAUCACCACCUGCCCCACCUUCAAAGCCAAAGGUUAAGCGAAGCAACUUGAAAAAGCCUUCAUCAGAGCGGAUAGGUCAUGGGCUGAGAGUCAAGUUUAACCCCCUUGCUCUGCUGCUUGAUGCAUCAUUAGAGGGAGAGUUUGAUCUGGUGCAGAGAAUUAUAUAUGAGGUGGAAAAUCCCAGCAUGCCAAAUGAUGAAGGCAUUACUCCACUUCACAAUGCUGUCUGUGCUGGCCACCACCACAUUGUGAAGUUCCUGUUGGACUUCGGCGUGAAUAUCAAUGCAGCAGAUAGCGAUGGAUGGACGCCGCUGCACUGUGCCGCUUCCUGUAACACUGUGCACCUCUGUAAGAUGUUGGUAGAAUCAGGGGCAGCCAUUUUUGCCCAAACAAUCAGUGAUGUUGAAACAGCAGCAGACAAAUGUGAAGAAAUGGAGGAAGGCUACACCCAGUGUUCUCAGUUCCUCUAUGGUGUACAGGAGAAAUUGGGCGUGAUGAACAAAGGCUUGGUCUAUGCACUCUGGGACUACACCGCCCAGGAAUCUGAUGAGCUUUCCUUCAACGAGAGAGAUGCUCUCACCAUCUUGCGACGGUGUGAUAUCACCGAGACAGAGUGGUGGUGGGCUCGACUCAAUGAUCGUGAAGGAUAUGUUCCCCGGAACUUGCUGGGGCUGUAUCCGAGGAUCAAACCCAGGCAACGCUCACUGGCCUAGCCCAGAUCAUAUUCAUAGGCUGGCAGAGAAGGAGAGAAGCAACGUGGACUGUGGAUGGAAUGUGGGUUAAAACAUGAUGCUCCCUGAAAGAAGAGAGAAGGAUCUUAUUAUUCAAACAAAUAUUCUUUCAAAUGCUAAACUUCCACAAAUCUAAUCACUUAUCAUAUGGAAUGAAAAAGUGGAACAGUGGCGCAGCUGCAGAGCCUUGGUCUUACAGUUCUGAGAAGUGGGGUUCGAAUCCCGGGCCCACUGGUGUGGAGUUUGGAUGUUUUUCCCGUGCCUACGUGGGUUUUCUCCGGGCACUCUGGUUUCCUCCCACAUCCCCAAAACACUCUAAAUUGCCCCUAGGUGUGAUUGUGAGUGUGAAUGUCUCCAUGUGGCCUGCGACUGGCUGACGACCAGUUCAGGGUGUACCCUGCCUUUUGCCUGAUGACAGCUGGGAUUGGCUCCAGCACUCCCCGUCACCCUUGUGAGGAUAAGCAGCUCAGAAAAUGGAUGGAAAGAUGGAUAAAUGAAAAGGGUUCAGCUACAUUAGAGUUUAGAUUAGUAAAAGUUCCACAUGUGUUUCUCAACUUUGCAUGGUCUUAAAAUUCCAGGAGUUUGGAGUCUACCCGUACCUGCAUGGGUUUUCUCUGGGCACUCAGAUUUCCUCCCACAUUCCCAAAACAUGCAUGGAAGGCUAAUUGAAGACUCGAAAUUGCCCAUAGGUGUGAAUGUUUCUCCAAAUGUUUUUUUGUCAAUGUGUGCCCUGCGAUUGGUUGGCGACCAGAGUCUCAGAGUCUACCCCACCUCUUGCCCGAAGAUACAAUCGCUGGGGUAGGGUUCAGAGCAUACCCGCAAUCCUGGCAAGGAUAACCAGUUCAGGGUGUAGUCUGCCUUUCGCCCGUAGCUAGCUGAGAUGGGCUCCAGGUCUCAGUGACCCUUGUGGGGAUAAGUGGCUUGGAUGGAUGGAUGGAUGAAUGGCUAUAAUAUAUAGUCAAACAGCAUGGUGGUGAACCUCUGGAGCAUUGGCCUCAGAGUUCUGAGCAACGGGGUUCAAGUCCCAGCCCUACCUGUGUGGAGUUUGCAUGUUCUCCCUGGGCCUGUGCCUGUGUGGGUUUUUUGUCCGGGCACUCUGGUUUCCUCCUACACCCCCAAAACAUGCAUUUAUUGGAGAUUCUAAAUUGCCCCUAGGUGUGAUUUUGAGUGCAACUGUUGUCUGUCUCCAUGUGCCCUGCGAUUAGCUGGCAACCAGUUCAGGGUGUACCCUGCCUCCUGCCUAUUGGCAACUGGGAUAGGCUCCAGCACUCUCAUGACCCUUGUGAGGAUAAGUGGCUCAGAAAAUGGAUGGAUGGAUGGAUGGAUAAAUAGUCAAUUACAUUUGUUUGAUAAAGUUAAACAAACUGGGGAAACUAUGAUAAAGAAUAAACUAAAAUACUUUGUCACUGCACAGUGUGCAUAUAUGUCUGCGUGCGUGUGCGCGCGCGCGUGUGCGUGCGUGUGUAAAUACAGCCCCAAAUCCAAUGAAGUUGGAAUGAUUUUUUUAAACAAAUAAAAACAGAAUACAAUAAUUUGCAAAUCAUAUUCAACCAAUAUUCAAUUGCAUACAUUACAAAAACAAGUUAUUUAAUGUGCAAAUGGAUAAUCAAACAGUCAUUGACUAUUAUAUUAUAUAUUAUUAUACUCAUAUUUAUUGUUCAUAAACUGAUGCAGUGAAAGCCUUUACUCAGUGAUGUCACUUUUUGAUGCAGUGGCACCUGACGGCUCAAUGUUGGUGUUCGGCCUUGCCACUGACAUACAGUUAUUUUUGUGAUGAAAUCCCGAAAUUCCUUGCACUUGUUCAUUGAGAAACAUUGUCCUUGAACUGUUUUGGCCAUUUCCUCAUGCACUUGUAUUUUACAAUACAAAAGAUGAAAACAACUCCAAUUCAAUUUAAAUUUGUCAUGAAUUACAUAAAAUUCAUUGUUGAAUUAAUUAAGAGAAGAUUUUAUUGUACCUAACUUGUCUCAAGAAUGUAUUUCUCACAUACUGUUACCACACAAUGUACGUUUGUUAUUUGACACCAAACAACAAUUCCUUAUGUAUAAUGAAAAUAAAUACAUGAUGUGCAUAACAU